GUGAUGAUGACAUCAUACAGGCAGAGGUGAUGUGUAAACAUGCGCAGAUGGAAGUUUCCAUCUCCAAAUGCAAACUCUUCCAGCUGGGCUUCGAACGAGAGGACGUCCGGGUCAACGAUGAGCACUGCGCCGGCAUCGAGGGGGAGGACUUCAUCUCGUUCCGCAUCAACAACACGAAGGGACACUGCGGCUCCAUCGUACAGUCGAACGCCACACACAUAAUGUACAAAAACACAGUCUGGAUAGAGAGUGUGAAUAACACCGGGAACGUCAUCACCAGAGACAAAACCAUCAACGUGGAGUUUUCAUGCGCCUACGAGCUAGACCUGAAGAUCUCCCUGGAGACUGUCCUCAAACCCAUGCUCAGUGUGAUUAACCUCACCUUACCAACCCAGGAGGGAAACUUCAUCACAAAGAUGGCUCUGUAUAAGAACGGCUCGUACCGCCAGCCGUACAGGGAGGGGGAGGUGGUGCUCAGCACGCGAGACGUCCUCUUCGUGGGCGUCUUCGUGGAGGGGGCAGAUGAGAAUCAGCUCAUCCUCAUCGUGAACAUGUGCUGGGCCACGCCGUCACGCUACAGCAGUGACCAACUCCGCUACAUCAUCAUAGAGAGGGGGUGUCCAAAUAUUAAGGACAACACCAUCGGCAUGGCAGAGAACGGCGUGUCACUCACCUGUCGCUUCCACGUCACCGUCUUCAAGUUCAUCGGGGAUUACGACGAGGUCCACCUCCACUGCGACGUCUCGCUCUGUGACUCGGACACAAACGCCUGCAAAGUGAACUGUCCACACAAGAGAAGAAUGUACUCAGAGGACCAAAACCAUAAAGAGCACAUACUGACUGUGGGACCCAUUAGAAGGAGAGAAUCCGACUGGUGCGAGCACAACAACGGAGGCUGUGAGCAGAUCUGCAGCAGUAAAGGAAACGGACCAGUGUGCAGCUGUGUGACUGGGAUGCUGCAACGAGACGGGAAAAGCUGCCAGA